GCGAUCGCAUCUAGCGGAAAAAUCUUAAAAAUCCCCCAAUCUCAGCAAACGCUCUUCAGUUAAUAAGCCAAAGGAAAGCCCCAAAACAAACCAUAUAUAUUUUUGUAGUAAACAUAAAAAAUAAACAAAAAAAAAGUAACAACAAUAAUAGAAAAUCAUAACAAAUCAUAAAACUUAGAGAAAAACACAAAAUGUUUUAUCUCUGCAUCUGGGCAAAGAUAUAGAUAUUAAGAGGAAAAACACCAAGUAAAUGACAUCAAAGUGAGUGUAAACAGAAACUGUUAAACAUUUUCCGAGUGCCGUACAGAAGCGUGAAUAAAUUACAAUUACACGCGUCCAACUGCGCAGCAAAAUAUGCUAGUGAAAAGUGCCACAACAGCAGAAGGUCCUCGGCUGCAGUAUUGAAUUAAUACCACGCCAAAGGAAACCCAGGAAAACUAAGGAAAACCAACAGCAAAAGGCAGGAAAAAGCAUGCACUAAACUCGAGUAGCAGCCAGCCCAUCUCCCGUCUCUUUCCGGCACGCUACCCUGUCGCCGUCCCUUUCUAUUGAAGAGCCACGGAAAAAGCAGCAGCAGAAAGGCAAAAUGAAUAUUGGCAUCGCAGCACCGAAAUGGGAUAAAUUGUCGCCGCGCGAAUUUUUGCAGCUGCAGGAGUUGGCCUCAUAUUCCACCCGAAAGCUGCAGGAUGUUCUGCGGGAGUUCAGCUCGCCGAGUGCCGCCACCACGCCCAAGUGCAUUCCGGAUGGGGACAUUGAUUUCGAUGGGUUCCGGCGGUUCCUGGACGCGUUUCUCGACUGCGAGGCGCCGCUGGACCUGGCCAAGCAUUUGUUUGUGUCCUUCCUCAAGCCGAAUGUCACCCAGGCCCAGCUGCAUGGCCGGGCACUUAAUCAAAUGGCCGCCAUCAGCAGCACGGCCGCCUGUGCGCCAGUCACGUCGCACACGAAGGGCUCCAUACCGAACAUCAAUAGCAUUGCCGAGCUGAUGCCGCAGUGCAGCGGCAGUGGAGGCGGCAUCGGCGGCCCAGGGGGCGUGGCCGGAGGCGAGGGCCACGCACAGACCCGCAGCAGCUUUGUGGACAAAAUCCAUGGCAUCACGGAUAAAUUACACCACUCACUGGGCGGACAUCUCUCACACGAUCCCAGCAAGACGGGCAGCGUCCAUCCGAUGCUCACCGUGACGCCGAGUCCCUUGGCCAGUGGACCCAGCAUGUUCCAGGCCAGCAAUCCGGCCCGGCGAUCCGUGGACUCGAGUCCCUCCCACUCGGCGACAAACCACUCGCAGAUGUCCCGCAACUCCUCGAAGAAGAGUAACAAUUCGGUUAAUUGCAAAAUUGAUGCUGACAUUAAGCUCCUGGCGCGAAAACUUUCCCAUUUUGAUCCGCUGACACUCAAGGUCCCGCUGAAGGAUGUCGUCUGCUAUUUAUCACUGCUCGAGGCUGGCCGUCCAGAGGAUAAACUGGAAUUCAUGUUCCGGCUGUACGACACGGAUAGCAACGGAGUCCUGGAUACGGCCGAAAUGGAUGCCAUUGUUAAUCAGAUGAUGGCCGUGGCCGAAUAUCUCGGCUGGGAUGUCAGCGAACUGCGUCCGAUCCUGCAAGAGAUGAUGGUUGAAAUAGACUACGAUGCCGACGGCACAGUGUCCUUGGAUGAGUGGCAGCGGGGCGGGAUGACAACCAUUCCGUUGCUAGUGCUCCUAGGUGUCGACAGCACCACGCUCAAGGAGGACGGCAUCCACGUGUGGCGCUUGAAGCACUUCAGCAAGCCGGCGUACUGCAACCUCUGCCUCAACAUGUUGGUGGGUCUCGGCAAGAAGGGCCUCUGCUGUGUGCUGUGCAAGUACACGGUCCACGAGCGUUGUGUGCAACACGCCCCCGCCUCCUGCAUCACCACCUACGUGAAAUCGAAGAAGCCCAAGUGCGGUGGCGACCUACUGCACCACUGGGUGGAGGGCAACUGCUACGGGCGGUGCUCGAAGUGCCGCAAGCGGAUAAAAGCCUACCACGGCAUUACUGGACUCACCUGCCGCUGGUGCCACAUGAUGCUACAUAACCGCUGCGCCUCUUCGGUGAAGAAGGAAUGCACUUUGGGCGAAUAUGCCGAGCUAAUUGUCCCGCCCACGGCCAUCUGUCCCGCUGUCCUGGAUCGCCAACGUUCUGUUAACCAGGCUCACAAGAAAUCCCAAAUGCAUCAUCACCAGGCCACGCACUUUCAAAUCACGCCGCCGGACGAGCUGAGCUGCCCGCUGCUGGUGUUCGUCAAUCCGAAGAGCGGCGGUCGCCAGGGGGAUCGCAUCCUGCGGAAGUUCCAGUACAUGCUCAAUCCGCGCCAGGUGUACGACCUGUCCAAGGGCGGACCCAAGGAGGGACUCACGCUCUUCAAGGACUUGCCCCGCUUCAGGGUCAUUUGCUGUGGCGGCGACGGCACCGUCGGCUGGGUCCUAGAGGCCAUGGAUUCCAUUGAGCUGGCCAGCCAGCCGGCCAUUGGAGUGAUACCACUUGGAACGGGAAACGAUUUGGCACGUUGUCUGCGCUGGGGCGGAGGCUACGAGGGCGAAAACAUCCCAAAACUUAUGGAGAAGUUCCGACGAGCCACCACCGUGAUGCUGGACCGCUGGAGCAUCGAGGUAACCAACACCCCAAAUAGCGAUGAACUAAGGCCAAAGGUGACGCUGCACUCGAACAUGCAGAAGGUGAUUGAGCUGUCGCAAAGUGUUGUGGUCGACAAAUCGCUGAUGGAACGCUUCGAGGAAAUUCAGAGGCAGAGCAAGCAGGCGGCCACAGCUGCCUCCAGCACAUCGAUUAUGAUGGCCAGCGAAACGGAAACGGAAAUGGAAACGGAAACGGCCACCAUGGAGUUCGGCAAUAGCACCACCACGCGAACAACCACGACCAAGAGCAUUUCGAUGUCCACGUUCGAGACGCAGUGCCUCCAGAAGACCCUGCGAACUACAACCCUGAGCAGCAGCAGCAGCAACACGAGCACCGGCAGUCCGUGCAAUGGCAACCAGGAUGCGGAAACGGAAGUCGAUGCCGAAGUCCGGGAAAAGUCCAUGCUGAGGAUGAGGUCGGGCGAAACGGAAAAGCAAUCACUUGAGACGCUCCUGCUGCAGCACAAACAACAGAUGCAACAGAAACAGCAGCAGCAACAACAACAAGGAGCCACAUCGGAAGCUGCCCAGGAAGCUGCAGCAGCAACGCCAGUUGGGAAUAAUCAAAGCGAUAAUAAUAGCCAGCGCAAUAAGCAAAACAACAUCCUUAAACAGCAAAUUACAUUGUCAUUGGAUUUGUCCGACCAUGAAGACGAGGCCGGGAAUGAGGGCGACGGCGGCAGAGGCGAUAGUGAUGGCGAUGCCGUUGGCAGUAACAGCAUACCAGCAACACCAAUCACACCCACAACACCGAAUGCCUCAUCAAGUGUGCCACAACAACAACAGCAACUGCAACAGCCACAGCAACAGCAGCAACAUCUACAGUUCGAGCAGCAACAGAAGCCCAUCAAAGUGCAAUCUGACAAGGACUGCACGGUGCCGUACAACAUUAUCAACAAUUAUUUCUCCGUCGGCGUGGACGCCGCCAUCUGCGUCAAGUUUCACUUGGAGCGGGAGAAGAAUCCACACAAAUUCAACAGCCGCAUGAAGAACAAGCUUUGGUACUUCGAAUAUGCAACAUCCGAGACAUUUGCGGCAUCCUGCAAGAAUCUCCACGAGAGCAUCGAGAUUGUGUGCGAUGGUGUGGCUCUGGACCUCGCCAACGGGCCCCACCUGCAGGGAGUGGCGCUGCUGAACAUCCCAUAUACACACGGCGGUUCCAAUUUGUGGGGCGAGCACCUGUCCCAGAAGCGGAUCCGCAAGAGCGCCGGCCCCUUCGGCAAGAGCAAAAAACUCCGAGCUGGCGACAAGGAGUUCUCGGCGACCAGCUUUAAUUCCGUGGAUCUAUCGGUGGCCAUACAGGACAUUGGAGAUCGUCUGAUCGAGGUGAUUGGUCUAGAGAACUGCCUGCACAUGGGACAGGUAAGAACUGGUCUCCGAGCCUCCGGACGCCGCUUGGCACAGUGCAGCGAGGUUAUCAUCAAGACGAAGAAAACGUUUCCCAUGCAGAUCGAUGGCGAGCCCUGGAUGCAGAUGCCCUGCACGAUCAAGGUGACCCACAAGAACCAGGUGCCCAUGCUAAUGGCACCACGGUCGGAGAAGGGACGAGGAUUCUUCAAUUUGCUGUGCAGCUGAUUCAGGCGCAGCGCAUCGAGCGACUUCAUGGGCCGUGCCGCCCCGGAGUCUGCCGAUGAGCUGGAUGAUGACUUUCGGAUCGUCACUAGGAGCACAACCGUCCAUAACAUAGCCUAGCGUGAAUAGCUUUAGCCCUAGUCCACCCGCGAUCGCAUCGAAUUGGUAUAUCCUAGGUUAGGCCUUCCCUUAUGAUAUGUGUAGAUGUGUGCUAUAUGUAUUCUUGUAUGUAUGUAUGUAUGUCGAGUGAGUUACAGAGCUUUAUAUUUAGUGUUAGAUUAGCCAAAUAUACAACCGAGUCAAGUCCAUUCCAAUGGGAUCCGAGUGCGGAAGCUGUAUAUAUAUAAUAGCAAUACAAAUACAAAUACAAACAUGGCUUUAGGUGUACAGUGCCACAGGAUAUUUUAAGAACACUUUAAAAACGAUAGCGAAACUUGUCCAAUGAUGCAACUGAAAUGAGACCAACCAAACAACCAGAACAACAAACCAAAAACUAACAGCAUUGUAGUGCGAAUUUUAUGCCUUAGGCUUAAGUAAUUUAUUCCGUCAUCGCCAGUGUUGAGUGUUGCCAGGAUCGAAGAGAUAUAUUGUGUAUAGAGAUGUAAACGGCAAGCCACAUAUCAUUGAUUUCCGACUCGAGAGAUUGCAUUUGAGCAGCACUCGCCACGGACUUACGAACUUUACUUUUUUUUUUAGUACUUUAUAUUGUAUAUAUAGAGAAAACAAAUGUAACUUGAUAUGCAAAUGUCAACUAAAUGGUGCAGCUUUAAAAGAAAUUUUAUAUAUGAAUACAUAUAUUGAGAUGACAUGGAUCGGAUGUUGAAUAAUACUACAAACGUGUAUAUUUCAUAUAAUCAUAUAUGUAUGUUUAGUGCCAAUAAGGUUAGCAGAACUACAAUACUCAUAGUUGGAAAACACGAAAACAUUUUUAGAAUCAAUAAAACUAGCAGAUAUGGCAAGUAAUUAACAUUGGGAGGGCCAAAACUACCCACCAACUUUAAAUUUCAAAUCGAAAAGCCACAUUCCAUACUAAUUUUAAAUAACUAAAUCAGGAUUUUAUUAUAUAAUAUUUGAUUUGAUAAAAACACAUUUUCUAAGGUCAUUUGUAAAUUUUAAAAUCAAAGCAGAAAAACAGUGCAAAAACAAACCCUAAUUGUUAAAUUUAAUAUCCCAAGAAAGUGUUUAGGUAAUAAUCAUAUAAUAAUGAAAAAUAUAGAAGCACUUAUUUUAAAAUAUAAUACCAGGAGAUUCUUAGAAUGAAACUCAGAUGGAUUGUUACUCGGAUAUAAUCGCAAUAUAAUAUGUGUCCUAUAAUUCAUUAGUCCCAUUAAGUAGUUCAGUAAUAGAUCAUUUCAAAGAAUAACCAAAUUUAUACAAUUUCUAAUUAGUGUAGCUUUUACUUGCUUGGAGAUUAGCCAUGGAACACGUCAUAUUAUCUAAGCCAUUUCUCCAGUCCGAGUUGAGUUCUCCUUGCGUGUGCCAUUAUAAUCACCCUUUUAUUUCCUCCUGAGGAUUUCUGAUCCCCAAACACCAUUAAUCUUUUUGGCACGACAAACUGUCAAUAGGAAACAUAUUAUAUCAAUGUACGUGAACGUGUAUUGUCGGAUUACAAUUGCAAACCAACGUAAUAUACAUAAAAGUCGUUAUAAUUUUGCAAAUAAACAUUUUCAAUGCGAAUUCUCGAGCCCACGAAUCCUUGAAGUUUCGCCAGGAACAGAAGGACUUUGUGCCGGCGAUGGGUUGCCGCUAAUGCCACACAGUAGCCAGUUAACAUUAAUUAUAAAUGAACCACUUAACAUUAGUAAAAUGCAAAGCAAAGCGGCUGAACUAAGGCCACGCUCUUGUGUACAGUACAACUAGGUCUAAGCAUAUAUAUACCUGUCUAAACAUAGCUCUACUUAGAUACUAUGAAAUAAUCAAACAAGUAACUACUAGUUGAUAUUAACAGUGAAAGUAAUGAAGAGGGCAAGUAGAACUUGCCAACUAUAUGCGUUAAGAGUACGAUAUUUAAUGCUUAAGUAGCUAAUGUAUCCCCAAAGCGGAGUUAUAAUCUCUGUACAAAGCUUGGUUCCUUUCGUAGGCUUAUUCUAGUAAUUUGUUUUAAGUUUAGAUUAACCACUGAAUAUGUCACGUGUGGAGUUGUCCCAUAUUAUUGUAACCCAUAACAGUUUACAGCCCGUAUUUACUGUACAAUUUGGAUCUUCACUUGUGCCAAGUACUAGAAGAGAUGGGCUCUGUAAUGCCCUCAAAUAUAGCAUAUUCAAUGUAAAGGUCAAACCACUUUAAGAUAGCAAAUGGAAUGUAAAACUGUAAAUUACAUAUGCAUAUUAUCCACACAUGUAUACUCCUAUAACCAGUGUUUAAAACAACCACCAAUAAACGCAAAUUACGUGUAAACUAAA